AUGGAGCAGGGCCUACGAGUGGUGGUUUUUGCAGCUGUUGUUGUGGCUACCUUGGCUGUUGACUGCAGCACGCUUCCUGACGGUGUCUACGAGGCAGGAUGUAGGUCCUUUGCCAGAUGUACAGGGGCCGAGGUUACCAUUGUUGACUGUGACAAAGGAAACGUCUUUAACAAUGCAACCGGAAGUUGUGACGAUCCUCAUAACGUUCCACCUCCCUGUGGCGUCAUGAGGGAUUGCUCCAACAAGAAGGAUGGGAAAUAUGCAGAUAUGGAUCAACAUUGCGCCAGUUAUUAUACCUGCUUCACUGGAAAAUUCCUAGGACAUAACCCAUGUCCAGCAAAUUUGGUCUUUAAUGAAGAUUUACAAACUUGUGAUUGGAAAGAAAAUGUAAAACCACCUUGUGGAUCCAAAACAUCAUAAAUAACUACUAGGAUUUUUAAAAGGAAAUUUCAUUCUAUAUCAUUCUUAUUAAUGAAUGAACAAAAAGUUUACGAGGAGGAUUGGACAAUUUUUCAUACGUACUGUAUUUUUCACACUUCUCAUGUGAAAACUUGAUCAUGUUCUCUAGAAAAAAAUGUUUUACUUUAUUUUGCGACUGUCUAUAAUAUAUUAGCUAUAUUUGCUUCAUGGACUACAUUGUUUGUUAUUAAGGAGGAGUUCUCAUAUUUAUUGUAUUUAAAAAUUAAUGAAAUUUUCACAGAUUCAAUAAAACAUCACUAAAUGAUGGUAUCGGAUGGAUUAAAAUUGACACCGUUUAUUUUAGGAUCAAGGUCAUUAUCUUUUUGCUUGACGUUAAUAUUAAAAAUUUUGCAAAUCAUGUGAUGCCUACUUCCAUAUAUUUCGUUUUUCUUUGCGCUUAAAAGAUGAUAUCACUUAGGUUCUAUCAGAUGAUAAUACAAAAUUGAGAUACAUAUUGUAUCUAAAAUAAUAGAUAUUUGCUCUAUUUUUUCUUUAAUUUGUUAGAA